AUGUCGCAUCCUUGGUCUUACUACGCGUCCUCUGGAUACUAUCAAUAUCCAUACUAUGGAGCUUUUGGGUGUAAUGCUCAGACAUGCGGUGACAGUCAGUCUCAACAGGCUGCCGAAGUACUUGGAACUGCAUCUGAAAUUCCCCAACCACCUGGUGCACAAAGUGAUAGUAGUGUUUCGCCUGCUGCACCGACGGCUUCAACUUUGCCCCCUCAGUGUGCAUAUGGCGCUUACAAUGCUUACUUUCAGUAUCCUAUGGGAACUUAUUCAAGUGAUCCGGCAGUGGACGCUGCUCAACGAUGGAAUGCUAUGAACUGUUCUUAUUAUGGUUACUAUUCCGGGACAACUAUCGUUGGAUCUACACAAACCGCCUUGAACAAUCCUAGAUCGGAUAGCCGAUUAAAUAGUCAAAAUGGGGCUGCAAAUCCUGUGGGUUCUGGAACUGUUCCUGGGAAUAAUAACGCGCCUGCUGCCGGUAACACCCCUAAGCUCUAUGAGUCAGGGGGUGGUGAGAGUAAAUGGAGUCCCGAGUUAAAGAAUUACGUUCAAAGGGCUUUCCUUAGUACGGAUACUCCCAUUGAGAAGGAUCAAAUGGAAAGGAUACUUCGACAGAAAAUUGAAUACGUGUUUCGCAACAACGUUUCCGUCGACUGGACUAAAGAACCCAUUCCAGCCAUACCCACUAAAUGUCUCGCAGCAGCUACCCAGAUCACGGCGAAGAAGUCAUCAGUAAAAACAAACUCCGAAGGAUCCGAUAGCUCAUCAAUCCCGAGUUCACCAAAGGCUAGGCGCGGUCGCAAUAAAAGGCGCAACGGUGGUGGUCGGAAGAAGUCAUCUCCAAAGAAAGUUUCACCCUCGUCUCCCAUUGGCCGUGGAGGAAAGCGCGGUGGCGCUAAUGUUGUCCGAGGUCGUGGUGGCAAAACCGCUGCUCAGCAGAAACGUUGGACUGCUCCCGAUACGUCCCAACAUCGACUGAGCCAACGUGCCGAUCGUUUUAAGGAUCACCUAGGUGCUGGGUCUAUAGCCAAAUCAACUAAGCAGUUGAGCCUACUCGCUAGUGCCACGGACUCGGAUCUUCUGUCCGAGAGGUUGGAACAGUUUAAUAUCGUCGGUACUAUGCAGGAACUUGAGAAACCCUACCUGCGUUUAACUGCUGCUCCCGACCCGGCUAACGUGCGACCUCCAGAUGUUUUGAAGAAGGCCGUUGCGCACGUCAAACAGCGUUGGAAGGAGCGCGGUGAUUACUUGUGGGUAUGCGAACAACUCAAGAGCAUUCGUCAGGAUCUCACGGUACAACGCAUCCAAACGGAACUCACUGCCGAAGUUUACGAAGUUCAUGCUGACAUCGCCCUUGAAGCUGGCGACUCGCAGGAAUUUCACCAAUGCCAGUCGCAACUCUCUCUCCUCCAUGCGGAAGGUCUUGGUUUAUCUCGUCAUGCGGAAUUCACGGCCUACCGUCUUCUGUACUACAUAUUUACCCAGGAUUUAUUAGGUAUGAGCACGCUCCUAGCGUCAUUGAAGGAUUCACAGAGAACCAAUCCCUUCAUACGGUUUGCUCUGACAGUUCGAGAGGCUUGGGCUCUUCGUAAUUAUAAGCGCUUUUUCCAUCUCGCCUGUGACCCAGACGCUGCUGCUUCGUUCGAGACGAAAACGAGCAAAAUGCGUGGUUGUCGACAGAUCCUGUCCUGGUCCCUUGAUCGGGAGCGCAAAUUCGCUCUUAAAGCCAUCUUUAAGACUUAUCGUCCGUACUUGAGUUUCGACUUUGUCACGAAAACCCUUGGUUUUGGUGAUGCCAGUUCGUGUGCUGGUUUCAUUACCCGAGAGCUAGGUGUUGCUGCUGCCAGUUUGGAAAGUGUUGAAAAGGUAGACUGUAAGGAGAUUUGGUCCCAGAUGCGCCAGUCUGGCGCUGCGGAUGCAGUCGACCACUAG